UCACAAGCCACAUAUCGCACGCCAAAACCACGCCGACCACGGUGGUAGGGAGUCAAGAUGAGGAUGUGUCUAGUUAUGGAGAUGGAGGAGGCGUAAGGGAUCGUGCGAUGGAGAGGAUGGCGGAGCAGUUGCGCCAGUUGCAGGACAAAGUUGAGGAGAGGCCGGAGAGGAGAGCUCGAGGACAUCCUUUCUCGAGGGAGAUUCUCACUGCUCCUUUACCGAAUAAUUUUAAGGAGACUAAUUUGGUGUAUGACGGGUCAUUUGACCCAUCGAGGCAUGUGAGGACCUUUGAAAAUAUGGCUGUGUUACAUGGAUAUUUUGAUUAUGUAUGUUGUAGGGCAUUUCUAUCGACCUUGCGCGGAGGAGCACUUGACUGGUUUCAUCAGUUACCCCCUGGGUCGAUCGCGGACUUUGAGGAUUUUGCCAGCAAGCUUACCAAUCAAUACUCAAGCGCGGUGGCGCAGGAGAAGACAUAUCUGACUCUGAUGGCGAUGAGGCAGAGAGAGAAGGAGUCGUUGAGGAAGUAUGUUGCUCGAUAUAAUCAGACAUGUUUGGAGGUGCACUCAGCAUCUGAUGAGGUGAAGGCAGGAGGAUUGAUAAGGAGUCUUCGAGCGGGGCCUUGCCGAACUUCCCUGGCAAAGACCCCUGCUCGAUCAUAUGAGGAUGUUUUGAAGCGAUGCAGGAAGUAUAUUAAUUUGGAGGAGAUGGAGGUGGAGUUCGCAAAAUUGGAGGGGGCAGCUCGACCAGAGCCAAAGAAGGAGAAGAGCCCACAAAGGGGUAGGUCACCAAGGAGGAGUUCGCCCAAAAGGAGUGGGCCGAGAAGAGCAUCGCCCAGGAGAGAGG